AUGCUCUCCUUACUGGCAUUAGGACUUCUCGCAACGACAACCACCUGUACAACUGUACCGGUAGCAGAUAUUGGGUCUUUCGAUGGCAAAGCUGUCAAGAGUGUAUUUCAGCGAGAGGUAGACGACGAACUCCCCCCAUGGGCCGACAAACUCGUAGAUAAAAUUGUGCAGGCGUUGGGCGACAGAUGUGCAGCGUCCGCUUCAAGCUGGAGCGCUUCAGCUGGUAACGACGAUGGCAGCAGUAGUGGCAUCCCCGCGAGCGGCCCUCCAGCAGCAAAUGGACCUUCCGGAGGAUCAACAGGCGAUGCGAACGGCGCGUAUGACUCGAGCUCUUGCAGUGAAGGCUAUUGCGGUGACAACAACGAUGCUGACACCGCCGAGUCUUGGAACGGUCAUCAGUAUCAACAGCCACCACCGUACAAUCCUCAUCAGGGAAACGACAACGUCGGUUCAGGCUCUGCUAUAGAUCAGGGCAGCCAAUGGUCGGCACAGCAGCUAUCCACGACUGCACACUGGCCCAAACCGUGGACUUCGACCUCGACGGCAACUUUUUCGACUGUGAGCACACCCACGCCAAAGCCAACUGAUCCUUGGCCCGAUCAUGUGGUAACAGGCUACUACGGUGUGGGCCAGUCGAAAGGUUAUCCGUUAUCAGAAGUGGCUUGGGAGUAUCUCACUCACCUGUGCUAUGCAUUUGCAAAGACCACCGCAGACUACAGCCUCGACAUCGACAGCACGCUCUUGAGUGCUCUCAGUUCAGAAGCUCGGGCUCACGGUGUCAAGCCAGUGCUCAGCAUUGGUGGCUAUGGGAAUGGAGGCGGCUACUUCUCAGUGAGCAUUGCAAAUAAUGCCAGCCGCAGCAAGUUUGUCCGGACCAUCAAGGAAGCCGUGGAUGAGUAUCAGCUUGCUGGCGUUGAUAUAGAUUGGGAAUUCGUAGGUGCCCUUGCGACGUACGACGACUGGGAAGGUCCUGACGAUGACCCUGUCAAUGAUGCGGCUAAUUAUCUGGAGUUCCUGAAAGCCCUGCGUGCCGCUGUCGGCGCAGACAUUGAGAUCUCCGCCGCGGUGCCAAUGUAUACUUUCACAGCAGGGAAGUCAAGAGAGGAGGAAGUCGACAUGACUCCGUACGUGCCUUACUUCGAUCGAAUUUAUCUGAUGGCGUAUGAUUUGUGGUCGACAAACACUGUGGCUGGCUCCAAUGCUGCUCUGGAACGACUACAAAGCCCUCCCGCUCAUAAGGGCCAAAAGUUCGGUUCCGACGGCGUCGCCGCGUGGAGCAAGUAUUUCCCACCCGAGAAACUGGUACUGGGCGUCCCAUUCUAUGGCUAUGGCUACAAAUUACUCGCCAACAGCAAUCCUGAGGUGGACGGACUGUAUGUGCCCGUUGGUAACCGGACUAGUGGUGAUAACGGGGAAAGCCCUACGAGUGAUCAAGGCUUUUGGAGAUGGCGGAACCUGAAGUCCCAGGGCGUUCUCGUGCAGAACGGUACAGAUGGUAGCUACGAUGCUGGCGAAGGUUGGGUGCUUGGUUGGGAUGAAAGUACACAGACGCCGUAUGUGUUUACUGAUGACCGACUGAGCAGCAGCGGUAAUGGGACAGUGUUGCAGGAUACGACGGUAGCGGGUGGAAGCUAUGGAGAAAUCAUCUCCUUUGACGACCCUGCGAGUCUGCGGUUGAAGCGGGACUAUGCACAGGAACAAGGCUUAGGUGGGAUGAUGUUUUGGAUUGCAUCUGCAGACACGAGCGAUGGGGAGCUUGCUGCAGUCCUUGCUUGA